UCCGAACUCCGGAGCUGCGCCCUGGUGUGCAAGCACUGGUACCGCUGCCUGCACGGCGAUGAAAACAGCGAGGUGUGGCGGAGCCUGUGCGCCCGCAGCCUGGCCGAAGAGGCUCUGCGCACGGACAUCCUCUGCAACCUGCCCAGCUACAAGGCCAAGGUACGUGCUUUCCAACAUGCCUUCAGCACUAAUGACUGCUCCAGGAACGUCUACAUUAAGAAGAAUGGCUUUACUUUACAUCGAAACCCCAUUGCGCAAAGCACUGAUGGUGCAAGGACCAAGAUUGGCUUUAGUGAGGGCCGCCAUGCCUGGGAAGUAUGGUGGGAAGGCCCGCUGGGCACUGUGGCCGUGAUUGGAAUCGCCACUAAACGGGCCCCCAUGCAGUGCCAGGGCUAUGUGGCAUUGUUGGGCAGUGACGACCAAAGCUGGGGCUGGAAUCUGGUGGACAAUAAUCUACUACAUAAUGGGGAAGUCAAUGGCAGUUUCCCACAGUGCAACAAUGCACCAAAGUAUCAGAUAGGAGAAAGAAUCCGAGUCAUCUUGGACAUGGAAGAUAAGACUUUAGCUUUUGAACGUGGAUAUGAAUUCCUGGGGGUUGCUUUUAGAGGACUUCCAAAGGCCUGUUUAUACCCAGCAGUGUCUGCUGUGUAUGGCAACACAGAAGUGACUUUGGUUUACCUUGGAAAACCUUUGGAUGGAUGACAGUAGCUCUGCUGGGCUGAAAGACUGAGUGGAAGAGAGAUCUACUUGUACAAAGUAGGAUCAUGAAGCGACAGUGUCAUACAUGCAUGUCCAAGAAACAUCCUGAAAACACAUGGAAUUGUGAACUGGAGAAGCGACUCUACAGCAGUGAUGAUCUUCGUGUUUCCUCUCUACCAGGCCAGAAAAAUCCUCAGGGUUGCAGUUGGUUGAGUGGGCAGUUGACUUACGCAUGUUGCAACAGAUUUUGUCUCUAAGUUAGCAAUGUGUUAUUUCCAACUUGUAAGGUGAGAUUUCUUGAGAUGCUGUCAAAGGGAAAAGAUAAGGAAACAGGGAGAUUUUGAAGUAGUGUGUUUAUUAAGAAAGGGUGAUCCCAUUUUACAGCUGCCUGUUCUUUCUCCAGUCCCUUUUCCUAGCCAGCUUGGUUAUUAGGAGAGUACGGAGCUGGUUAGGUUUUAUUUAAUAUUUUUAAUAUAUUGAGAAGCAUGGUCUGCCUGACUGCACUUCUCUAACAGUGAGCUUAUAAAGUUGUGCAGCUAUUUUAAAAGUUGUAUAUACAAUAUGUGUGUAAAAAAAAAACUAUAUAAAAAAAAAGGACAAAGGGGUUGCUUUGUUCCGGUUCAUUUUCUUAAAAACCACUACAUGGUACAAAACUAAAUAACAUUUGGGGACAAAGGAAAGAGUUUUAAAAAGAUGUAUUGGCUCAUUUUGUAUUGCAUUUGGCUUACAGUUUGCAUAGCUAUUACAGAUUGUUUAGUUUCAUUUUAUUUUUUAACAAUCAAAAUAAUAAUAAAGAUUCCGUCAUCUCUUGGCUAAUGGUUGAGAGAGGACAAAUCUAUUUCUAAUCAUGCAUGUCAGUAAGGAUGAUCUACACAUCAUAG